UUUAUAGAAGUUUCAAAGGGUUGUGGUCCUUGUAGAGACACUCAUUGAUCCGAGGUAGCGCCAUAACCUACGAAGAAGACGUGCAAUGUGAAACUAACAGAGCCUACUUCUUUUUCAGGUUACUGAAUCUUUCUUCUCAGUGUCUAGAUGAAACUCUCAUUCAUGGAAAGACUUUUCACCUUGACAUUAUAGAACCAAGCACGGCAAGUACGUAGGCCACAUCAAUUUGGUUUGGUUUGUACAAAUCAAAAUCACAAAGCGGUAGUUGUAGAAGUCUUCCAAAUCGUAAGCAAUUCAUCAUUAUGAACAGUGAAAAACACAUAUAAGUAGACGUGCAAUAAGACUUACAAACAUAUCUAUACAGAGUAAAAAUGGUGUCUCUGUAUGAUCUCUUCCUCUACACCAUUAUCUUCUUCAUUUAUCUAGUUUUUAUGGUUUUGUUAGGAACUUGCUUCAAGAACAGAUCCAAGAAAUACAAUCUUCCUCCAAGUCCAUUAGGCCUUCCCAUCAUUGGACACCUCCAUCUCCUAGAUACUUUUCCUAACAGAUCUUUUCAGAAACUAUCAUCUCGUUAUGGUCCUAUAUUUUAUCUUCGUCUCGGUUCACAUCCAUGCGUUGUCACUUCUUCUCCAGAACUCGCCAAAGAACUACUCAUGAACAAUGAGAAAAAAUUCCUCACACAUCCAGCAAGUAUUGCUAUACAUCAUGUUACUUACGAGUCAUCUGGUUUUGCCUUUUGUUCUUACGGACCUUACUGGAAAUUCAUGAAGAAACUUGUUAUGUCUCAAUUUCUUGGAGGUUCAGCACUUGUUCAACUUCAACCUGUUCGUAAAGAUGAGAUUCAUCGGUUAGUUCGUUACUUAGUUAGCAAGUCAAAAGAGGGUGCAGAAGUUAAUGUCACCGAUGAAUUGAUGAAGCUUUCAACCAAUAUAGUUACUCGAAUGAUGGUAACUAAUAGGUAUUCUACUGAUGGAAAGGAAGCUCAAGAUGAGGAACUUCGCAAUUUAAUCCGAGAGGUGUCAGGAAUCUUUGGUCUGCUAAAUGUGCAUGACUUUUUAGAUUUUAUACCUCGGUUUUUUGACUUUCAGGGAGUUCUCAAGACAGCCAAGGAUGUUCGGCGUCGAUACAAUGUGUUGCUGGAAGAAAUCAUGGUGGAUCGGGAAGAAGCUAGAAAGACGAGGAAGGGUGAUGGAGAAAGGGACGUUUUGGAUAUGUUACUAGAUGCAGUAGCCGACGAGAAAUCAGAUGUGAAAAUCACAAGAGAUAACGUUAAAGCCGUCGUGUUGGAUAUCGUCACGGCUGGAACUGAUACAUCUGCUGGUGCAGUAGAAUGGGCAUUAGCGGAACUCAUCAACCAUCCUAAAAUCUUCAAGAAAGCCAGAGCAGAAAUUGAUUCAGUCGUAGGAGUAAUGAAUAGAUUAGUCGAAGAGUCAGACCUUCCAAGCCUUCCUUACCUUCAAGCGAUAUUUAAAGAAAUCCUUCGACUACAUCCACCCGUUCCAUUGCUUAUAAGGGAUUCAACUCAUGAUUGUAAAGUUGGAGGUUAUGAUAUUCCAGCUAAUACUAGACUCUUUGUGAAUGUAUGGUCCAUGAAUAGAAACCCAAAGUACUGGAAAGAUCCUUUAGAAUUCAAACCAGAAAGGUUCAUUGCAAAUGAGAAUACCGGUGAGAACUAUGAUGUUAAAGGCCAACAUUUUGAGUUCCUACCAUUUGGAACUGGGAGAAGAGGGUGCCCGGGAAUGUGGUUGUCUUUACUAGAAGUUCCCACAGUGUUGGCUGCAAUGGUACAAUGUUUCGAUUGGAAGAUAGUCGGAAAGGAUCCAAUGAUCGAUAUGAGUGAGCGAUUUGGAUUGACACUUCCAAAGGCAGAUCCUCUUACGCUUAUCCCUGUUACUCGAUUUGAUCCUUGUAUUGUCGUCUAAGUUUAGCUUGUGCAAAAGCCAUCCCAUUAUUAAAUAAGAUUUGUGUAAAAAAAAUUGCACUAUGUAUGCUUUUACUAAAAAUCAUUAGAUGUUUAGCUUCCAGUUGAGCUCCCAACAAAUCCUCAAGAAGCUAGCUAUAGCUUUGUAUAUCAAAUUUCGUCAAUCGUUGACAAAUCUUGUUUUUCUAAAAUUAAUGUAACUGCUUUUCUUUUCAUUGA